GGUUUGAUCCUGCUGAAGUCCUUCUGAGGUUGAGGCUGAAUUCCUGAUGGCCGACUGGAGCCUGUUGGGAAAUUUUCUAGAGGAAGUGCAGGAACAUUCCACCUCUGUGGGAAAGGUGUGGCUGACCAUCCUGUUCAUCUUCCGGAUCCUGGUUCUGGGCACCGCGGCCGAGUCGUCCUGGGGCGACGAGCAGGAAGAUUUUAACUGUGACACUGAACAACCGGGCUGUGAGAACGUGUGUUAUGACAGCGCCUUCCCCAUCGCACACAUCAGAUACUGGGUGUUACAGAUUGUUUUCGUGUCCACGCCCAGCCUCAUCUACGUGGGCCACGCCAUGCACAUCGUCCGAAGAGAAGAGAAGAGGCGGAGUCGACAGGAGGAGCUGGAGGACGGCCGGUCUGAGAACGACCCGGGAGGGGGGCAGUGCAGAGGGGGGGCGGACAUCCAGGAAGGACAAACAGAGAAGGAGAACGUCAAGGACAAGAGAGAGGGCCAUGUGCGUCUGCGAGGGGCUCUGCUGCAGACCUACAUCCUGAGCAUCCUCAUCCGCACCAUCAUGGAGGUGGUAUUCUUGUGUCUGCAGUACUUCCUUUACGGAGUCUUUCUGAACCCGUUGUACGUGUGUAAGGCCUGGCCCUGUCCACAUCCGGUCAACUGCUACGUGUCCAGACCCACGGAGAAGAACGUCUUCAUCGUCUUCAUGAUGGCCGUGUCAGCCGUGUCCUUAGUCCUCAGCGUCCUGGAGCUUCAGCACCUGGCCUGGAAACACUGCUGCAGGCAGCUGCUUUGUGCUGGGACUGUGACAAAACCUGAGGAGCCACGUUUGACCAGACAACUCUCUCUGUCCCCGCCCCCGCCUUCAACCCCGCCCCCUGACUUCAGCCAGUGCGUCAUCGGCUCCACCCACUUUCUACCCAUGCCCUUCCCUCAGCACCGUUUGGCCAACCAGCAGAACUCCGAGAACAUGGCCACGGAGAAGAGCAACAUGGCCGCCGCGGAGGAGGACUUCCUUCAGAGCUCCUGCUACAGCCCGGGAUGGAACGAGACGGGGACGAAUCCUCCAGAGAGCGAGGCGAGCUACAACCCCCCAGCGAGGAGCGACCACGAGAGGCUCCUGCUGUGUCCCAACAUGGCCCUGGGUCAGAAAGACAAGAGACGCUACAGCAAAACCAGCGGAACGAGCAACCGGAGCCGGGCCGACGACCUCUCCGUUUAACCUUUGACCUUUAACGUUUAACCUCACGAGACACGCGCAGACUUUAUGAACCUGUACAUUGUGUAUUUAUGAACACGCGACAAUGAUCCGUAGCCUACUGUGAUGUGGUUUACCAUAUGACAUCACCGUGUUCUAUCGGCCAAUCACAUUUAACACAGAUGACAUCACACAUUCUACGGCCAAUCACAUUUAACACAGAUGACAUCACACAUUCUACAGCCAAUCAUAUUUAACACAGAUGACAUCACACAUUCUACAGCCAAUCACAUUUAACACAGAUGACAUCGCACAUUCUACAGCCAAUCACAUUUAACACAGAUGACAUCACACAUUCUACGGCCAAUCGUAUUUAACACCGAUGACAUCACACAUUCUACAGCCAAUCACAUUUAACACAGAUGACAUCGCACAUUCUACAGCCAAUCAUAUUUAACACAGACAGGGGCAGAUCAAAUGAAUAUACACACACUCGUUCAUACACCAGUGCACACAGAAACUGGGGGUGAGUUGGGUUAAGUGUCUUGCCCAAGGACACAAUGACAGCGUUCAGUAUGUGCAUGUGAGAGCUGGAUUUGAACCGUGAAUCUUUGGAUGAUAUUUGGAUCUUUGGACUGAGCGAACAGAAAUGAUCCAGUUAAACUUUUGUGAUUCACCUUUUGGAUAUUUUAUGUAAAUCAAUAAGAUUCGCUGUUACGGCCCGAGACUCUGACCAGCUAUAAUCCACCACACAAUCUCCAAACACCAAUACAAACUCUCAAAAACAACCCAAUUAAAAAGAACUUACCCGACACAGACAUAUUACAUCAUCACCGCUGCUUUGUUAAUGUGGGACGGGGCAUUAUGAUCCCGGACGAGCCCUGAUUCAUGACAGCCCAGGUCAUCCAGGGUCAGGAAAGUAACAAAAACAGAUGGAAAAAUGGUGAAAUAAAGAAGUAAUUAAAUGUACAGGGUUGUAAAAGGGAACGUAACAAAAGUGGACUAAAAUAUUUACGAAAAUGUGUAAAACAAAAGAAGCAAAGACAGCAAGUCCAACAGAAAACAAGCUUUGUGUCUCAGAAAACUGGUCACGUGGCUGAUUAAAAAUGAGUGACAAAACUAAGAGACACUGUAAAUGUGAAGGAAGAGAUUGGAGACCAGACAGAGAGAUGAAAGAAGUUUAUCUGAUCAGAUGAAUGAAGUUACAGACAUCGGCACGUGUUAUGUUCAAGGGAGUUUUUCCAGUAUUUACAGCCGGAGAAAGGUACUAUCUAUAGACGACUGCUCCUAUAACGACUUAAACUCAUUCUACACACUGUCUGUACAAGGUCAGAAAUGGAUAAACCGUUAGCUGUUCACAGGAAGGUAGAAUAAUGUCUCUAAAAGAUGCUGCGGUCACUGAAAAGAUGGAUUACACGACGUCAGUUCAACCUGAAGAUGAAGAGCUGUGUCAUGUGACAGAAGAGUCGACAUCGUAAAAUAAGUCUGUGUCGCGUUUUUACUGAGAAACAAGUUCACCUCCAUGUUUAAGACUCACAGGAUCCAACACGAGGUUUAAGAGUAAAACAAAAAUCAUGCUCUCAAACACAUAACACAAAAACAAACACGAGUCACAGCCUACAAACAGAAUCGAGCGACGAAGGACAACGAGAGACACAUAAAUCACAAAUACUAACGGCAAAUAAGUGUCUCAAAACGCACAAAGUUACACACGAGGACAAACAGGAGACGAAAUGAGACACAGACAGAAUGGACGACUGGACGCACAGGUCAGAGGACACAAACAGGUGAACUGAGUCUCCUUAAGUCGAGGGAGGAGCUGCAGGUGAGACGCAGGACGGGACAGGCGAGGAGACAGACGUCCAAUCACCAGCGAGAGAUCACACAGACAGAACAUGAGGAAACACACGAAAAAAACAAAUAACAAUGAGAAGAGCUUAAAUCCUACAGCCGUGACAGCCAAUCUGAGAGUAUGACAUCAUCACAUAUGACAUCAUCACUUAUGAUAUCAUCACUUAUGACAUCACCAUCAUAGUUUUGUAGAUUGGGACAUUGUAUUUUUGCCGUGAAAUAUCCAAAAGCUAAAUCCACAAUGUUUAACCUGAUCAUUUCUCUUAGACUAGACCCAAGAACUCACUGUGUCACAACAAAAAACUGUUUAACAUUAUUCAUUUUACGUGCUCCCCGUCUUUGGCCGAUAGAUGAUGGAGUUGUGUGUCGCUGGUGUUUAACUCUUCGUCACAUCGGCUCCAGAUCCUGCUGCUUUUCUGGGUCAUUUUCAGAACAAAUUCACUCAAACUGUUUUAUAACACGGCUACUAUUGUGAAGCUGAUGUGGAUUAUAAAAAGAUACAGCCCAAGUCUCUAAUUCUCUUACUCCAUGACGUCCAAACAGUAACACAACACAACACACACACAAACACACAUAUUCUGUUGUGUUCAAUGGAUUAUGUUAAUUUGAAUAUUAUUUACCUGAUUUUCUACUGUUGCCAUGACCCUAAACUCACUGUUGCAUCACCCACACUGCAGCAAACAAACAAACAAACAAACAAACAAACAAACAAACAAAUAAACUAAAAACUUACAACUGCCAAUUUGGGUAAAGUGGCACUGAUGCUUCACAGCCAGAUGGUUUGGGGUUCGAUUCCCGGGUCACAGGCCUCUCUGUGUGGAGUUUUGCAUGUUCCUCCACAGUGACACUGACAGACGGGUCAAAUGCAGAGGACUAAUGACCCAUCCGUCCAUGUCCUUCCUCUGAUCCGGGGCGAGGUCGGGGGCAGCAGUCUGAGCGGAGACUCUCAGACUUCCCUCACCCCAGACAUGUCCUCCAGCUCCUUCUGUGGGACCUCAAAGUGUUCCCAGGCCAGAAAGACACAGUCCCUCAGUAAAUGACCCUGUGGAAUAAAACUCACCUGAUCCUCUGACUGAACCAGUGGGUUUUUGAUCAUUGACGUGUUUCACUCUCAGAAAUCUACAGCUGUGAUUC